CUGGGAAGGCAUCAGAGACCAGAUUCGCAUGGAAGACCACAGAAGACUAGAAACUACGAAUGAUCCUCAAGAAACCAAAACUCCAUUAGAAAAUUUAACUGAGGAAGAUCUUGUCAUCUUAAAGUUAAACUACGAGCAGUUCACGCCAAUUAUCAGAAGCAUUUUCUUUGUUAUGACCAUGAUGAGCGUCCUAAGUGAUGUGAUGUUGGCGUGCACUGUCAUGUUCUUCCAUACAAUGCCACAGAAAGUAGCCGGAGGUGCCAUUGCCAUGGCUACAUGGUACUGUACGUACAGAUUAUGGUAUAAAUAUGAUGCUUCUCCAGGACUGCCUGGUUCUGGCAUCUUUCAAUACCAGACUGUAAAAGAAAAGCCAAAAGAUAGUUCGAGCAGAUUGAGAAGACGUUCCUCUAUCUGCAAGGAACACAAGGAUAGUUUACCAAAAUUUAUGGGAAUGCCAUUAUAUGGCCUAAAGAAGGAUAUAGAGGAGAAGAAGAAAGAGAAUGAAAAAGAAGAGGACAGGUGUGGCUUGGAAGAUUUUGGAGAGAUGCCCGAACGUAGUUCAAGAAAUGGAACAUACGGAGACUUCGGUUCCUCAAGAAGUAGAACAUGGAGGAGGUAGAAGACGGUGUAAUGAUUUACAAACCAAGUAAUUUUUCUGACACUAGCAAUAUGCUUCAGAAAUGUUCUGUGUCAUAAAAAAAUAUUUACACAGCUAUCGAAACUCAAAUAUGCUUAUCAAUCACUAGUCUUUUUAUCAGUGAAACUGCUUUUCUUAGCCAUUUUAUACCUAAUUUAGAUAUUUUAACAUGACAAUGUGUGAAAGAAUUUGCCUAACAGUUAUCUAGUCACAGUCAAUCUUUAGAUUGCACAGAUCCUCUGAACUCUCAAACGCACUAGUAUUAAUGUUACUCUUACAAUGCAGAUGUUAAGAUUAGGAUCGUUUUUAUACACAAGCAAAUGCUCAAUCAGGCAUACAAGGCGUUUAUAUGUAUAUCCAGUACAUCAGCAGAGAUUCAAUUUGCUUUACAUGGUGUAGUUAACCUCAUAAAUUUUCAUUAAAUUUUUUAAAUACCAUACCAUAGCACAGCUUUUUCUCUCUUUCUCUCUCUAUUUCUAUCUCUAUCUCUCUAUCUGUCUCCAUCUCUAUCUCUCUAUCUCUAUCUCUAUCUCUAUCUCUCUAUCUCUCUAUCU